ACUGCAUUACUUUGACAAGUGACAUGUAAUAGCAUUUCUAACCUAAAAGUAUUGAAAAAAUUAAUUUCUAUUGUAGAACAAAUUAAUUUAUCGAAUUUCUUCUUGUAUUAACAAUGACUUUGUACCAUUUUGGAAAUUGUGUGGCGUUGAUUUACGUUCCAUACUACCUUACAUAUAAAUAUUCGGGACUGUCAGAGUAUGGGGCUUUUUGGAAAUGUAUUCAAGCAGGCUGCAUUUACAUGUUCACACAGUUAGCAAAAAUGUUAAUUUUAGCCACUUUCUUUCCCGACAACGUUUCAGAUUUAGGAAGUGAUGUGUUAGGAGAAUUUUUAAAGUCAACUGUAGAUUUAGCUGAUUUAGUUGGGUUGUAUGUGGUGUUGGCGGGAAUACCUGGGAAAGGCCAUAGCAAAGUCCUGACAGCAGGAAUAGGUUGGGCAACUGCAGAAGUUAUAUUAUCUAGAGCUUUGUUACUUUGGGUUGGAGCUCGAGGUGCCGAAUUUGAUUGGAAAUAUAUUCAGAAGUGUCUUGAGUCGAACAUUUCCUUGGUGCAGCAUAUUGCAACAGCAACACUGAUAUGGUUGUGGUCUAGACAUGAUUUAAAGAGCAAUUUUAAGCCAGUGGUAACAGCGCUGUUGGUAUUUUCAUCAUAUAAACCUUUACUCUUAGAUCUAGUGUUAAAAUUUUUAUUGGCUGGCCCCUGGGUUGGACUUUUUGUUAAAGCUGUUGUUACACUUAUUGUAGGGGCUUUUACUUUAACUAUUUAUGCCGGCUUGGCGCAAGUGAUUGGAAUUUUUUAAAAAUUUAAAUCACAUGUAUCAUACAAAUUUAUUUCCUAGUUGAAAUGUAAUAAUAAAUUCAUACAACUAAAUCACAUAUUUAUGAAAAUGUUAAUACUUUAGUUAACAUUUUACAUAUACAUUUCAUAAAAUGAUUAAUAAAAGUUGGUAAUUUUAAUAAGUAA